GCGCAUGGGCGCCUGCGCCGGCCGCUGGGCCGCGCAGGCGCGCCCGCUGUGCCGGUGCCUGGCCAAGCAGGGCCUCCUGGGGCGCCAGGCGGCGGCGGCCUCCACGGCGCCGGGCCCCGCGGAGCCGGAGGAGCGCCCCAGGCCCUCGGCGCGCGAGCUCCCGGCCGUGGGCCUCGCGGUGCUGUGCGGGGCCCUGGGCUGCGCCCUCGCCGGCCGGCGGCACCUACCGGCCCUGCUGGCCUGCGCGCUCGCGCUGGGCGCCGCGAGCCCCUCCUGCGCCGACGCGCGGGGCUCGGCGGGGCCCAGCGGCACGCCUCGAAGGGGGGCGAGCGGGGCUCGGGCGAGGUCGUGCUGCACGUCUACCACUUUGGGCAGUCGGCUGGCGUGCGCGCGCUGAACGGUGCCCUGCUCCAGUUCGGGGUGGGCGGCGCCUUCCACACCGGCGUCGAGGUGCACGGGCGCGAGUGGGCGUUUGGCUUCAAGGACGGGAGCGGCUCCGGCGUCUUCUGCACGGAGCCCGGGGGGCACGCCGACCACAGCCACUGGUUCGCCCUCGCGCAGGGCGCGACGCCGCUCAGCGAGAGCGAAGUGGACGCGCUGGUGCAGAGGCUCUCGAAGGAGUGGGUGGCUUCCGGCUUCGACUCCUUCAGCCGCAACUGCGCCGACUUCUCGCAGGAGCUGUGCCUGGGCCUCGGUGUCUGCGGGCCGCCGGCCUGGGUGGGGCGCGGGCCCCGCCUCGCGGGCUCCGUCCUCGCGGCCCUGGCGGGCGAGGGCGACGGCGAGCCGCAGGCUCAGGCUGGUCUCGAGAGCGAGGGCGAGGCGCUCGCGAGGGCCUGCCUGGACUGA